UUUACCCACCAACCAUCUCCAAUUUUUAUAUUCUCAAAACAUAUUCUUUCAAUUAAAUAUUUACAUACAAGAUUCAAAAAUUACAAAGUAAUUGCAAAACACUAACAAAAACCCCAUCUAGAUUUGCUUUUCUCAACAGAGAAAAACGGUGCAGCUCUCCUGAGUCCACUCCAUAAACGACAAUGAGGGGAGGACUAUGGCAACUCGGGCAAUCAAUCACUCGUCGGCUUGCUCAAUCCGACAAAAAGACCAUCGCUCGUAGGUGCUACGCUUCAGAGGCCGACCUCAAGAAAACAGUCCUCUACGAUUUCCACGUCGCCAAUGGCGGAAAGAUGGUUCCUUUUGCUGGAUGGAGCAUGCCGAUCCAGUACAAAGAUUCAAUCAUGGAAUCGACCCUGAAUUGCAGGGAAAACGGUAGUCUUUUUGAUGUAUCCCAUAUGUGUGGGUUAAGUCUCAAAGGCAAAGAUGCUAUCGCGUUUCUUGAAAAACUCGUGGUUGCUGAUGUUGCUGGACUUGCUCCUGGAACUGGAUCGCUGACUGUUUUCACAAACGAAAAGGGUGGAGCCAUUGAUGAUUCAGUGAUCACGAAAGUGACAGAUGAUCAUAUUUACUUGGUUGUUAACGCUGGAUGUAGAGAUAAGGAUUUGGCUCACAUUGAAGAACAUAUGAAGGCUUUUAAAGCCAAAGGUGGGGAUGUUGGCUGGCAGAUUUACGAUGAGAGAUCUCUUUUAGCUCUCCAGGGUCCUCUUGCAGGUUCUACUCUUCAGUUUUUGACUAAAGAGGACUUGAGCAAAAUGUACUUUGGGGAGUUUCGCAUAAUUGACAUCAAUGGUUCCAAAUGCUUUCUAACCAGAACCGGAUACACGGGUGAAGAUGGAUUUGAAAUAUCGGUUCCCUCAGAGAACGCGCUCGAUCUUGCAAAAGCAAUUCUUGAAAAAUCGGAAGGAAAAGUACGGUUGACCGGUCUUGGGGCCCGCGAUAGUCUUCGCCUUGAAGCCGGGCUAUGCCUUUAUGGCAAUGACAUGGAGCAACACAUAACACCCGUGGAAGCCGGGCUCACUUGGGCCAUUGGGAAAAGAAGACGGGCCGAAGGCGGGUUUCUUGGUGCUGAUGUCAUCCUCAAGCAAAUUGCAGAUGGCCCGUCGAUUAGGCGGGUUGGGCUUUUUUCUGCGGGCCCACCGGCCCGGAGUCAUAGUGAGAUUCAGAAUGAGAACGGGGAGAGUAUCGGUGAGGUGACAAGCGGAGGAUUUAGUCCUUGUUUGAAGAAGAAUAUUGCUAUGGGGUAUGUCAAGUCGGGGUUGCAUAAACCGGGGACUAAAGUUAAGAUUGCCAUCCGAGGGAAGACGUAUGAAGGGUCAAUUACGAAAAUGCCCUUUGUGGCUACGAAAUAUUACAAGCCGUAGUAAUUUUUUUUGUUUGAAAGUGGAAGUGUUUUAAUGGCUACUUUGUUUAUGUUUAACUUGUUUCUUGUUGUCAAUACUUUUCUGGGCAUCGAAUGGAUGACUAUCUGUGUAUUUUUCUUU